CACUUCGGUCUCUAGCUGCGCAAUGGAUACGGAGCUUGUGUUCUCUCUUUGCAUAUUUCCUCUCUGAGCAGAUUCCAGUUGUCCUUGACCUUUUUUUGUUCUCUCCCUCUUUCGGUUUCUUCUAUUGCGUUUCGAACCAGAGCAGCAGAUGAUGUUGCAGGGGAAGAAGAUGAUGGUUUCCGUCUGUGUGGUAAUGGCGAUGCUGCAAUUCCUUGCUCAGGUCGUUUCAUCACUUCCUGAAGAAGGAAAAGCGCUGAUGUCGAUCAAGGCUUCUUUUAGCAAUGUAGCUAAUGUGCUUCUUGACUGGGACGAUGUGGGUAACGUUGAUCACUGUUCUUGGCGUGGAGUCUCCUGCGACAAUAGUACUUUCUCUGUUGUUUCCCUGAAUCUGUCAAAUUUGAAUCUGGGUGGAGAGAUUUCGCCCGCCAUUGGGGACUUCACCAACUUACAAGUAAUAGAUUUGAAGGGAAAUCAAUUAACAGGACAAAUCCCAGAUGAAAUUGGAGAUUGUGUCUCCCUGAAAUUUCUGGAUUUAUCCGGUAACUUGCUUUAUGGUGAUAUACCCUUUUCAAUAUCCAAACUUAAGCAACUCGAAGAUCUGACUUUGAAGAACAAUGUGUUGACUGGCCCGAUUCCUUCAACCUUGUCGCAACUACCAAAUCUAAAAACUCUGGAUCUUGCUCAGAACCGUCUUACAGGCGAAAUACCACGGCUUAUCUACUGGAAUGAAGUAUUGCAGUAUCUAGGGUUACGGGGAAACUCAUUGACUGGAACACUGUCCCCUGAUAUGUGUCAAUUGACGGGCCUGUGGUAUUUUGAUGUGAGGGGGAAUAACCUAAGUGGAACAAUGCCAGAUAGCAUUGGGAAUUGUACAAGCUUUGAGAUUUUGGAUAUCUCAUACAACCAGAUUACUGGGGAAAUUCCCUACAAUAUUGGAUUCCUACAAGUGGCUACCCUGUCACUUCAAGGAAAUAGGCUCACGGGGAAGAUUCCUGAAGUCAUUGGUUUGAUGCAAGCCCUUGCUGUCUUGGAUUUAAGUGAGAAUGAACUGGUCGGACCAAUUCCACCUAUACUUGGCAACCUAACUUUUACUGGCAAACUGUACUUGCAUAGCAAUAAACUUACUGGACCCAUACCACCAGAACUGGGGAAUAUGACAAAACUUAGCUAUCUGCAACUGAACAACAACCAGCUUGUUGGUGGGAUACCAGCAGCACUUGGGAACUUGGAAGGAUUGUUUGAACUGAAUCUUGCCAAUAACAAUCUUGAAGGCCCCAUUCCACAGAAUAUCAGCUCUUGCAUGGCACUGAACCAACUCAAUGUGCACGGUAAUCGGUUGAAUGGUUCCAUACCAUCUGGUUUCCAGAAUUUAGUGAGUCUGACUUAUUUGAAUCUUUCUUCAAACAACUUCAGAGGCAGGAUCCCUAUUCAGUUGGGGCGCAUUGUCAAUCUUGAUACACUGGAUCUAUCAAACAAUGAUUUCUCUGGGCCUGUUCCUGCUUCUCUUGGUGCUCUGGAGCAUCUUCUUACUCUGAAUUUGGGCGAAAAUUCUCUCAAUGGACCUGUUCCUGCAGAAUUUGGAAAUCUAAGAAGUAUCCAAAAUAUUGAUAUGUCAUUCAACAAGCUUUCAGGCAGUAUUCCCGAAGAGUUGGGUCAGUUGCAAAAUAUUGUUUCUCUCAUUCUUAACAACAACAAUAUUCGUGGUGGCAUCCCAGUUCAGUUAACUAAUUGUUUCAGCCUUGUGAUCUUGAACCUCUCUUACAACAACUUGUCGGGUGUUGUUCCUCCUACCAAAAACUUUUCUAGGUUUCCACGAGAAAGCUUUUUGGGUAAUUCUUUACUAUGUGGCAAUUGGUCGGGAUCAUUGUGUGGGCCAUAUGAGCGAAUAUCCAAAGCUAGUUUCCCCCGCACUGCUGCUGUCUGUAUUGGCUUGGGCUCUGUUACACUGUUUUUGAUGGUCAUGGUGGCUAUUUAUAAAUCCAUCCAGCAGAAGCAAUAUGAGAAGGGUUCCAAUAAAGUACUUGGUUCGCCAAAACUUGUAAUUCUUCAUAUGAAUAUGGCUGUUCACACCUAUGAGGACAUCAUGAGGAUUACCGAGAAUUUGAGUGAGAAGUACAUAAUUGGCUAUGGUGCAUCAAGCACAGUAUACAAGUGCAUACUGAAGAGCUCCAAGCCCAUAGCUAUCAAACGACUUUACAGCCAGUACCCACAAAACUUGCGGGAAUUUGAAACUGAACUUGAGACCAUUGGUAGCAUUAAGCACAGAAAUCUUGUGAGCUUGCAUGGAUACUCACUUUCCCCUCAUGGAAAUCUUCUUUUCUAUGAUUACAUGGAAAAUGGUUCCUUGUGGGAUCUUCUGCAUGGAUCAGGAAAGGUAAAACUGGACUGGGAUACACGGUUGAGAAUAGCUGUUGGAGCUGCCCAAGGUCUUGCAUACCUGCACCAAGAUUGCAAUCCUCGGAUUAUUCACAGGGAUGUCAAAUCCUCCAAUAUCUUACUGGAUGAGAACUUUGAAGCUCAUCUCUCUGAUUUUGGGAUUGCCAAGCGCAUCCCAACCUCAAAAUCUCAUGCCUCCACUUAUGUAAUGGGCACCAUUGGGUACAUUGACCCAGAGUAUGCACGAACCUCUCGUCUUAACGAGAAGUCUGAUGUUUACAGUUUUGGGAUUGUCCUUUUGGAGCUACUCACUGGGAAGAAGGCUGUGGACAACGAGUUGAACUUGCAUCAAUUGAUAUUGUCCAAGGCAGAUGAUAACACAGUGAUGGAGGCAGUUGAUCCGGAGGUAUCUGUGACGUGCAUGGAUCUGGGAAAGGUGAGGAAGACGUUCCAACUUGCUCUGCUUUGCACUAAGCGGCACCCAUCAGAGAGACCAAACAUGCACGAAGUUGCCAAGGUGCUGAUUUCUUUACUGCCGGCACCACCCGCUGCAAAGCUAUGCAAUUUGCCCAAGGUAAUCAACUAUGCACAAUUCUUGGUGAAUUCUGAAGGAAAGCAGCAGCAAAAUCCACAAUUGCAAGACAACAGUUCAUCCAAUGCACAUUGGUUUGUUAAGUUUGGCGAAGUGAUAUCGAAGAAUACCCAAUGAUGUUCAUGCUUCAUUACUUGUCC